AGUUUGUCAACACCCACAACGCGAGCAAGUUUGUGAGUUUGGGCAAAAUAUUUUACUAAAAAUUGCAGUAUAUUUCGAAUAGAAUUUUGCAGUUUUAUUUUCGUAAGACGCAUCGUAAACUAUGAACGUAUCAAUUGAGAGAAAGCGUUCGGAUUGUGCUGCCCUGCCGAAGGGAUGGCAACGGGAAGAAGUUCUGCGGAAGUCCGGUUUGUCUGCGGGAAAAGUGGAUGUUUACUACUACAGCCCAUCGGGUAAGAAGAUCGAAAGCAAACCCCAAUUAGCCCGUGCCCUAGGGGACACUAUCGAUUUGUCCACAUUUGAUUACCAAGCCGGACGGGUAGUCCCAAGUGCAACGCACAUGAUGCUGCAGCAUAAUGCACUCAAGCGGAAGCUUAGCGUGACACCCAUUGGCAUCGUCUUGUCCUCCAGCAGUGCAAUCGUGGCUGGACCUACGGGACCCAGUCUGCCUCCGCCGGUUCCCAUCUACAACCAGCUUCCACCAGCGGGCGGAAGGGCCCAUCAUCAUCAUCAUCAUAGCCAACAGCAGCAGCAGCAGCAGCAACAGCAGUACGAUUACAGUCGUGGAAUGCGAGCGGACACCUCCCUUAUCCCGCCAAUCCGGCAGACGGCUUCCAUAUUCAAACAACCGGUCACGGUAGUUCGAUCACAGGACGGUGACAGCAAGGUUAAACGGGAGCUGCAGCAUGGUUCCCAGGUGAAACCGAAGCAGCUCUUCUGGGAGAAACGCUUGGAGAAUCUUCGCGCCAACAACACAUUCAACGAGGAGAUCGGCGCCCUGGAACUGCCCAAACGAUUGAAAUCCGUCGGGCCGGGUGUCAACGAGGGCACGGUUCUGCAGUCGUUGGCCACCGCGCUCCACCACAACACGCAUCCGGUGACGGGUCAAACGGCUUCCAAAACGUCCCUCAACACCAACGCGGGGGUUUUUCUCAACCCCGACCAGCCGUUAAUGCACGUGGCAACGGUAACCGAAGAUGACAUCAAACGCCAGGAAGAGCGGGUUCAGUUUGCGAGGCUAAGGCUACAGGAGGCACUGCGAGCUUAAGCAUUGUUGUAGCAGUGGUAAAUUAUUCACUAGGUGUAAGAUUCUUUUUUUAUUAGUGUAAGAUGUGUGAACCGUCUAUUUCAUCUGGUAACUGUAUUUUGACAUGUGGAUGGGAAUAAAUCUCCAACGAUUUGCGAUAAA